AAAAAUCUAUUUUAAUAUUUUAAAGUUACCAAGUUUGACAUUAAAUCAAAAACUUCGCUUAAAACUGGCCAUUCUGAAGUCGAUUACGAUUUUUUCUAGUAAUGUCCCAUCCCUUGAAAGUCACGUGACCAGCUUGCGUUUGAGCGCACUAACAGCUAUUGUAAAUAGAGGCUGUAAAUAUAACGUAUAUAGUUUAAAGAUGAGUUUGGGUGCGCGCGCCACCAAGGGUGGUGCGAAGGGGGGCGCUAAGGACGGCAAGCAUGCACAGGAGACCCGGAAGAGCACAGACAAAACCCAGAGCAAGGAGAAGGUGAAACCACAGGCUACAACAGAACAGCUCCGCAUGGCACACAUGAUCGAUCGUAAAAGCGAUGACGCGUCUGACGUUCGAAGAAUGGUGCUGGAGCUGAUGGAGAUGACGUGUCGUACCGAGGAGGAAGUGUGCUCGGCACUCCACGACUCGGACAACGACAUGGUCCUCGCCUGCAACCUGCUACUCGAGGAGAGCCAGCGGAUACAGGGCGAGUGGCAAACAAGUGAGAAAAAGAAAAAGAAGCCACCAGCCCCCGCAGGCAACGGCGAGUUAGACCCACCACGGGACCCACGCAGUCGCUCCGGACCCAGGCCACCAGGCCGAGGGUCAGGCGAGCGUGGCGAGCGCGGCGAGCGCGGUCCGGGCGGGGAGCGGGGACCGGGCGGGGAGCGCGCGCGGGGCGAGGGCUCGUGGCGCGGCGGGCGGGGCGCGCCGCGCGGCCGCGGGGGCGCACGGGGCGCGAGGGGCGCGCCGCCCCGCAGGCUGCGCCCCGACCGGGACACACACUGCUGGAACGACCCGCAGCCCGCCGGUGGCAACAACAUCGUCGACACAUUCCCCACCACAGAAGACUGGGACAACGAGGAGUGGUCCGGUUCCCUAUCAGAUACCAAGGUGUUCACCCCGAGCGCGGCGGCCGCGCCGCCCGCUGACGUACCGCCCGCCGGGACGACAACGGAAACUAAAGAGUGGGAGGGCGCGGAGAGCGGAGGUCCGCUGGAGGCGCACAUACCCACAUACACGUACCACAACUCCGCGCACAUACCCGCGCACCCGCACCACCAACUGCGAGAGCAAAUAAACUCAGUGAGCCGGCAGUCCCCGGUGGCUGCGGCGGCGGGCGUGGCGGCGGCGGGCGCGGCCAGCGCGGCGGGCCCGGCGGCACCGGCCGGGGGCGCGGGGCCUGCGCCCCCGGCCGCCGCGCCCGCGCCCCCGCCCGACACGCAGCCCGCGCCUGACACCUACCACCACCAGAUGCACCACCAGCCCAUGGGUAUGUCCGGCAGUCUAACGGCGGCGCAGUCACAGUACCUAUCGCAACUCACGCAACAGUCACAAAGGCAUGACAAUAGUGUAUACACAUCGAAUUACGGCGUAUACGGGUCCACAGACAUGUCCAGCCAGAGGAAACCGCAGCGGGCGAGAGUACCGCCGCCUUCCAAGAUUCCAUCGUCAGCGGUGGAGAUGCCGGGCGGUGCGGACGGCGCGAUGUUCCUCGAUGUACAGUUCGGGGCACUCGAACCCGAGGCCUUGCGGGACAAUACCACACCCAAACCGUCGACGCCGGGUACGGAGGCGAGUGCUAGUGCGGUAGUGAACUCCGCGCCCCCGGCGGGCGCGCCCCCCGCCGCGCCCCCGGCAGGCCUUCAGCCUGCGCCCCCGCGCGUCUCGCCCUCCCCCGACGCCGCGCCCCCGCACACGUACGCCAACAACACUAACAAUAUGCUAAACGAGAACCUAUCGUCAGUAGAGCCGACGCCCGUCAGUGUCCCCGCGCCCGCGUCAGAACCUACUGUCACAAACACUACUUCGUCCCUGGACGCGUCCCUGGCGGGGUCGAUGAAGCAGCUGUCGGUGAGCGAGGCGGGCGCCGCGCCGCACCACCACUCGCACCCGCAGGGACACCACAGACCCAAGUCGGUGGGCCAGCAGGCAGUGUACCACCACGCAGUGUCGCACCACCCGCCUGUAUACGGCGCCAACGUCUACGGACCGCAGCAGGUGAACUCGACGGCGGCGGGUCUGUCCGGGGGCGCGGGUCUGUCGGUGACGUACGGCGAGGCGCGCGGGCUGUCGCAGUACGGGCCCAUGCUGUCGUCGUACGUGACGUCGCCGUCGGCCGCGCCCUACGCCGGCUCGGCGCUGUACACGCCGGCGCCCUACGCGCCAUACACGCCCGCCAUGCCCAAGCAGCCCGCCAAGGAGAACGCACAGUACGAAAGCUCAGUAGCGUCAAGUAAUAGUCUAACUAGCACGACGACGCAGACACAAACCUCCACAGCCAAAGUAGCAACUACCACAGUAUCAGGGCACGGGUCAUCAGGCUACGCGUCAGGAGCGCUGUACGGUGCCGGCGCGACGCCGUACGCGCCGUACGACGACCAAAUCAUUCGCUCCAGUCUACCACACCAUAUGGGAGGUUACUACGAGGUGGGCUACGGCGGUCGGGACGCGACGUUCGGCCUGAGUGCCGGCGAACGGUUCGGACGGACCGACGCUGCGUCGCCGCAACAGGUCCCCGCGGCAGCGCUACCUCCAGGCUACGCUUACUUCGCGUACCAACCUCCACCCACCACGUACCAAUAUGGAGUCUACCCCACUUACGGCGGUGGCUCCAACGUGGGUGGAGUGGGCGGAGUGGGCGGCGUGGGCGGCGUGUCGGGGCAGGCCAAGGUCUCCACAUACACGCAGCAACAACCCUACGACGCACAGGACUCAUACAAACCCGGUGGCCCGUACAGCGGGACGGCGAGCAAGUCGGCAGGCGGCGCGGCCGCGGAUCUCACUAACGCCAUGUACGCCAAGACGCACGUCGCGCUCAACAAGGUCAACAGUUACGAGAAGGCGUCGUUCCACAGCGGCACCCCGCCCCCGUUCGGCGGCGCGUCCCACCUGUACAUCCCCGCGCCCCCCCACCACCACCCCCACCACCACGCGCCCCAGCAGCAUCAGAUGGAUGUACGGGUGAACAGUAGUCAUAAUAGGCGGGAGAGCGGUGCAGGAGGCGGUCGCGCGUCGUCCAGUAAGCCGGCCGCGAGCAAGCCGAGCUACUCGCAGUCCUACUGGGCGCCCAACUAGCCAGUCUACAGGCGCGGGUCGGGCGGUCCUCCGAUGUAUACCUAGCUCAAUACUGAACAUAACACGCGACACCCAACCAGCAUUACUAUAUAAAUUCAUUGUGUAAAGGCAUCGCCGCCGUCACAUACCUACGUUAUUUUUCUUUUUGAACAAGAAGUCGUGGUAGAGUGAUGCAAUAUAAUUAUGUAUUCUAUUCGUUAAGCGUCGUGGCGACGUCGAUGCACCAUCUCAUUCGUUAAGUCCGCUAUCAUAGGUUUCAAUUGUUUAAAAGAAAUUACCUCUAGUGCUAUGUAUAUCUUAUAAAGUAUGUAUAUGUAUGUAAGCAUUUGGUACGCUAUGCGCGCCGAAGUUUUUUAUUUAGUUGACAUACUUUUUGUAAUUAACACUUAUUAUUAAAAAAUGAUUAAAGAGAUGUCAUAGGACGAUAAUCGUAAUUGUAACGAGUAUAAUAGUCGAGCUCUUUUAUAUGUGGAAGAAUGCAGUUGUGAUGAUCUCGCGGGCAUUUGAAAGUAUGACGGAUUACACAUAUUGGAACUUGCAA